CAUUUUCGAAUUAUCCAUUACAAUUACAAGCUGAGUGGUUCGUUUAAGUACAUAUAUUCGUGUCUCUCUCCCUCCGGAAGUUGAAGUUUGUGAGUUGAUGGAAUCCCUUCCAUUCUCAACCAACGCACAUCCACUGCAAUUGCAAGUGCAGUCCCACUGUUUCAUGAACUCCCUCUCUUCGAAGCUCAAACCCGAAUUUUACCACUUCAGACUUCUCUGUACUUCUUCUUCAGUUCACCCUCCACAAAUUCCUGCAAGACCUUCUUCUUCUGGUCGGAAAGAGAGCGGUGGAGCUGCUAAACUGAAGAUCGCCCAUUCUCAACUCAAGGACAACUGGUUGGCGUCUCUUUCCUCUCCUUUUCCUCUAGGUCACGAUCACCCCAUCAAUGGUAGCCGAGGAGACCUAAAUGCGAGUUCCGACUGUGUUAUUGGGGUCGAUCCUGAUGUUUCUGGUGCGGUGGCGCUCUUGAGAACCGACUACUCGGUUUGUUCCGCUCAGGUAUAUGAUUCUCCACACCUGCAAGUACUGGUUGGUGGAAGGAGACGGAAACGUUUAGAUGCCAAGUCAAUAGUCCAGCUUCUUCAUAGCUUCAAUGCCCCCAUUGGAACUACUGCAUAUCUGGAGCAGUCAACCCCAUAUCCACAGGAUGGAAAACAGGGAUGGUGGAGUGGAGGAUUUGGUUAUGGAUUGUGGAUUGGCAUAUUAGUUGGGCUGGGAUUUUCUGUUAUUCCUGUGCCAUCUCUUGCGUGGAAAAAUAAAUUUGAGCUCUCGGGAAAGGAUACUUCUAAGGACGAUAGCCGAAGAGUUGCAUCUACAUUAUUUCCGUCUCUAAGCCCCCUUCUGAAAAGGAAAAAAGAUCAUGGAAGGGCCGAGGCUUUACUCAUUGCUGCUUAUGGAAAAGGCCUGAACAUGAAUCUAGAAACACCACGUGUCUUACAGGAAUCGAUAGCGUCUUAGAUUUGGCUGAAGAUCCUAGCUUUCUUCUUAAUCCCGAAUUCAGGUUCGAGUUUGGUACGAAUAGAAUGAAUGAUGAGCGAUGGGUCUGAGCAUAUUCCCCACUAGAUGAGGUUCUUUGCUUCUGUAGAUUAUUUUGACCAAGGCAACCAUUCAUCUUGCUAUUUUUGAAAUGAGCCUUGUAGCCUGUAGAUGUGCCUUAGUAACCAAAAAAAAUUGAUGUAGAUUCUUAAUAUGAUUAUAGAGAUUGACAAAAUUUAAAAUAAUUCCCUUUGGAGAAAACUCUCCUGCUACCUGUUAGCCACCAUUAUUCAAUGCUUUUUGGUUUCUUUUCAAAUCAUUA